CUCUCUCCUUAGCUGCGAUGUCUGUGGUCGUCAAUGAGCCCUUUGAGUUGGCUUUCAAGAGCGCCGAAGGCUAGUAGAGCUCGCACGAUCUGAUUCAGGCCACACAGUCGCGGGAUCCCUUUGUGGCACCCUGACUGAAGUCACUUUCGUCUGUCUGCUGUCUGUCUGCCUUGUCGCAUGAGAGACACACAUUCCCCCCAGACGCACACACGCGGCCGCCACAGACAGACAGACAGACACUCAGAAGUAGAGACAACACACAUACGUAGAUAGAGCAGAUCAAAAGAGCUCGAGCAAAAGACGCACACACACACAUACACAGGAGUGUCUCACACACCCGCAGCCUUCCUUCUACUAAUUGUAUGAGCAACAUACCAGCUCCCUCCCUAAGGGACACACGAAGACUCGCACACCGCACACAGGGGGAGACAGACGGCCAGCAGCGACAGCAGCAGCAGCAGCAGGUGCAAUAGUAUAUGUGGAAUUACGGUGCGCACGAAAAUGUUUACAUGAAUCGCCGCCAGCAAUGAUGAUGAGAUGAUAUGAUGAUGAUAUGGAGCGAUGAGCAUUAUGGAUACUCACACACGCGGACACGACGGACAGACAGACAGACAGGCAGACAGACAAACAGAGAGGCUGGCGAAGAGCCAGACAGACAGACAGACAGACAGACAGACAAGGCCCGAGGGAAGAAACGAAGGCAGGCACACAGAGUGGCAGGAGAGUGAAUGGGGAUAUACUCUACAUCAUAGCAGCAGGAAGUGAGGUAGACAACAGGGAGGAAGGGAGGGGAGGAGGGAAGGAGAGGAAGGUGCACCACAUUGACAAAACACUGGAGGGCACGACACAGACACGCAAACAUACACACAGGCCGACAUACAUAAACAGACAGCCAUGCACACCUACACACACCCAUCCAUCAGACACCCACACGUGACGUGUCUGCCUGUGUGUCGGGAAGGCAGUCGUAUCUUACUCAUCCAUCCAUCCCUCCAUCCCUCCAGACGCCCCCCGCCCCCAUUUCAGUCAGACGUCUGAUUAGUUCAAACAACACACACUUGAAAAAACCACUUUUGCUUCACAUCAAUUCUCGUGUUUCCUGCCUGCCUGCCUGCCUGCCAUCCCCCAUGGGUGAUUUGUCCGGCCGUGUGGGGCAUACACAGCAGCUGCACCACAGAAUGGGAGCUGUGGUCUCCUUUGGCACAGCUCGUCUGUGUGGCAGCUGCUGCAUAGGCGCCGCACACGGACCGACAGAUCGAUGGAUGGAGGGCCAGCCGUGCGAACAAAGUGAUCUGAUUAUUGCUCCCUCCCUCCCUCCCUCCCUCUCUCCAGCCCCACCCUACCCUGCCCCUUCCUCUGUCUGUCUGUGUUUGGCGCGUUGGUGUGUCCCAUCUCAUGCCGUGCCGUCUGCUUUGUUCUGCUCUGCAGCAAUCGACCAGUCAGUCCACUGCCCAUGAUCCCGUCUGAAACCACGUGUGCAUCGUGGCCACAGACGAGGUCGAGAGAGAGGGACUGAUCGGUCAGUGCAGAGUCUGCAGAACCUUCCUGACACUCAUGUGUGCGACAGAGGUGGGUGGGGUGGGGGACAGGUAAGUGCGGUACACAACAGACCAGUGAGUGAGCAGUCAUUGAAACGAGGAGACAGAAAGAAAGCGGGAGGAAGGAAUAAGAGGGAAAAACCCCGUGUGUGUGUGUGUGGAUGGAUUGGAUGAGGGUGCGGUGCACAUGUUGGGGUGGGGUGGGGUGGGGGAGAUAAGAUGGAUGACGAGAAAAUGUCGGUCGGUCGGUCUGUGGCGCGUCAAAAAAGAAAAACACACACACACACACACAUCAUUCACUCGACCACACACACACACACACACAGAGAGAGAGAGAGAGAGAGAGAGGUGGCGGCGUGGAUGGAUGGAUGGAUGGGGUGUGCAUCCACCAGACAGCACCAGACCACACCCAUAAAAGAGAUUCAGUCAGCAGCAGUGACAGCAAGUGACGGAGUGAGUCGGCGGCCCGCCUGCCCUUUGGAAGAAGAAGAAAAAUGGUGCAUCCUCACACACACACGCACACACACAUUCGAUAUGUCGUCCUCUGUGUGUCGUGUGUCAGUCAUCACGCAGCAAACUUUCCCCCCUGUCUGUGUGUGUGUGUGUGUGUGUGUCCCUCCUCUCAUCAGAACAGAGAGAGGCGCCAGCAGCACAUUCUUACACAAGACAGAAAGAUGAGAAAGAUCAAGAAGCACCGACCACGACUGGCUGCCACCUCCCUCCCUGGCAGACAGGCCAGGUGCGCAAAAACACCACACACACACAGACCCACACACAACACAGACCACGUCCGUCACGGCGUCACCCCGUCCACCACGUCAUUCAGAGCCUCCACGCCAUUGCCAUUGCCAUUGCUGUAGUCGGCCUUGUCAGCCUCAUUGGGGGAGGGCGUUGGGGUGGGGGUGAGGUUGACGGCGAAGACCUCCAUGGCGAAGUGGGGCGGCGCGUGGCGAUCGCUCUUAUCCUUCACACACAACACACACACGCGCACGUGUGUGUGACGUGUGUGACGUUGACCUUGGGCGACUGACUGACCUUGCUCAGCUUGUCCAGCUGGUGCUUCUCGAUGCGCGCACACAGGUCGUAGGCCGGCAUGGCGUCGGGCUGCAGCAGCGGCACUCUCGAGGGGCUCCUGCUGCCCAUGCCCCUGAGGCUGUGCUUGGUGACGGGGCUCGCCACAUCAGACCAGCUGCCGCCGUCACCACCUCCCCCACUGCCACCACAGUCAUUUUCAUAGGCCUCCGCCUCGUUGUCCGCCACCGCCCCCGCCCCCGCUGUGUCGCCGCCAUUCUCGCUGUCAUUCUCAGUGCGGUCGAUGCCGUCAUGGCCAGCAUGGGGACCACCACCACCUCUGCUUUUGUUCUUGUUCUUGGAGGUGAAAUCGCACAUUUCCACCUCAAUGGGGUUGCCACUGGUGCUGUUGGUGGGAUGGUUGGCAUGUGCAGGGGAGGGCGCGGGGGCCUGUGUGUCGGUGGGGCUGCCCGCCGCUGGCAGAGACAAUGAUUGGUGGCUCACACGACGCCUGACACAGACAGACAGACACACAGACAUGGGGCAAGGCUGUGUGUCGAGUCGAGGGGGCGGAGGGGAGCGCUCGACUCGACUGACAUGAAGUGUGUGCAGAUCCACGCGGCGAGCUUGAAGUGGGUCGACCGGGUGUCCUUGACUCGGAUCACAAAGUCGUUGUCCACACACACAGCGCUCUCGAAGAUCUGAUUGAUGACCACCACCACCACACAACAUCACACCAAUCCCCCAUGUGUUCAAGCUUCCUGACAUGACAGACACCAUCGCCAUUGCUUACGAGCUCGACGUAGCAGGCAUUCCACUCGCCGGUUUUGCGGGUCCUCAGCCUCCCCGGCGCGUCGCUGCUCUGCAUCACCACCGAGCCGUCACGCUUCUCAAUCACCAGCCACAGCACCAGCCGAUCAAUGAGCGACCGAUACGACAAAGACCAAGGCCCUAACCUGACCACACACACACACACACACUCCCUGUGUGUCUGCUGGCAGGGGGAGGGGUGAUGGUGGUGGCUACCUGAUGCGUGUCAGCUUGAUGAGAGGGCUGUGUGUGUCGGUGAGGGGGUUGCCCAGGAUGGGCAUCGGCAGCGUCGGGGCGGGGGUGAUCAGCGCGGCGAAAUGAUGCACAAACCGACGCUGCGACGGGAUCGUCACCCCCUGCAGGAGGAUGAAGACAAUACACAACACACACACACACAUACACACACACCAGAUACGAUACACCCAUCUCCGUCUCUGUCUCGCUGCUUUCUCUUUCUCCUGACCCACCCGUCCAUCGAUGGUGCGUGCCUUGGCGUAGAGCCGAAGGGCCGCAUCGGGGUUGGCGCACGCCUGAUUGGGUGAUUGGUUGGUUGACGGAAGAACCCAACACACACCACACAGCACACAGAACACACAGCACACACAGCACACACAGCACACACCACACAGCACACAAGAGCACAGAGCAACACGACCAUUUUCAUUGUUUCCGCACCCUCACACGCCCGCCAACCCACCCUUGUGUAAAGCAGCAGAGCAGAGACCAUGACGCCCGUGCGGCCCUUCCCGGCCUGACAGAGGCAGGGAGGGAGGGAGGGUGUGUGUGUGUGUGGGGGGGGGGGAAUGGUUUGGUUGCUCACUUUGCAGUGCACGGCGAGGACGUUUUCUUUGCUCUCCUUCAGCCACUCGACGGAAUCCUCACAGAAGGACAGCAUCAUCCUACACACACACAUCAGGCACACACACACACACACACACAUCAGGCAGGCAGACAGACAUGCACACACACUCUCUCUCUCUUUCUCUCUCUGUCUCUGUGUGUUGUGUGUUACUUGAUGGGUGGGGGGGUGUGGUCCUUGAAGGGGUAGCACACCAGCCGCCCGUCGAACGUCUUGCAAGGGUACUGACGCUCAGACUCGCUGCACAAGUUAACCACCUACACACACACACACACGCACACACACGCACACAGAGGCUCGCCUUCCGCCAUUCAUCAAAACGUCCCCUCCCUUCUCCUCCUCUGAGGUACCUCAGCUUACCCGGUAGCUGUCGCCGUGCUGGUGGUCGAGGUACUUCCGCACCUGCCGUCGGGGAUUGCGGAAGAGCGCCUCAAUCCCUAUAGCCGGGAAACCCAUCGCUAUCACACGACUCGUUAUGUAACUGACGAACACACACACACAACUGGAUGGAUGGAUGGAUGGAUGGAUGGAGGCGCACACACGAACCUACCUCAGGUCGAGGUCGUAGUCCGUCCACACCAGCCGCCUUUUGCGCUUGGACACAAGCACCCGGAGCGAGCGGCUCACUUUGAAAGGCACCGCGAAGGCAGAACGCACCACGGGCUCACCACUUCUGCAAACACACACACACACACACACACAGACAGACAGAGAGAGAGAGAGAGAGAGGGAGAGAGAGAUGCACUUGGCCUUCGUUGCGGUGCGCGUGAAGGCCUGCCGUACUGUUUGGUCCGCUUGACGCAGUUGUCAGGCUGCUCCGUGUGACGGCCUCCAGGCGAUGGCAGAGAAGCCAUCCUGACCCGGAACCUCCGCUUCUUGGGGGGCGGCGCUCCCAACCUCCUCCCCGACGCACCACCGGGAUGGUUCUCGCUGUCCGGCUUGCUCACAGGGCCUUCCCUGGCUGACAGUGCCGGGGAGCUGCCCACACACAUCCACAGCCAUCCACACACACACACACACACACAGAUGUCCUCUCCUCAGUGUCAUCCUUUCCCCCCAGCCACCGACCUGUUUGGCUGCGCCUGCUGCUGCAGAUCGAGUGCAUCGCCGCUCAUGGACAUGGGCGUGUAGGUGUAGCUAUGCCGCCGCCGAGCAGACUGCGCCUGCCCCCCUCCCCCUCUCUCUCCUCUGCUGUGCUGCUGCGAGGCCUUCUUGUUUGUGCAGGAGGGGGGCGUUUCGCAGGCUGGCGGGUCCGAGUGGUGGGACGGCAGCGCUUCCAGCUCGAUGACCACCGGCCCACCACCACCACCACCACCACCAGCUGCACUUCUUGCACACGGCGAGGACACAGACAAGUGGUGGUGGAGAUGCUGGUGGUGAUUGGGUGGCUGUGGCUGUCGGGUGCAGGGCGGGCUGCAGGGGGUGGUGGCGAAGGGGGCGGGGUGGUCGUCCUCCAUGUCGAGAAGCAUCGUCUCGGACACUGGGUCGAUGCCGUCCUCAUCGCUCAGAGGCUAAACGUGCCACAAAAAGACACACACACACACAGACAGAUAGACAAACAGACAGCUGUGUUGCGGUGUGUGCUCUGUCAUCGUCUUUGCACAUACGGACCUCCUGCGCUCCUCGCCGGUCAUCGCCCGCAGCGUCAAGAGCAGCCUCACCGCUCCCGUCGACAACAUCAAGAUCAUCCUCGUCGAGCGGCAGGAAGCCAAGCAAAUCGUGCCGCUCGCUCUCCACAGCCAGAAGCACGGCAGGAGGCCUGUGUGAGUGGGAGUGGGAGUGACGACGGCCGCCCCUUGUCGCUGCUGCUGCUGCUGAUCUGCCUGAGUGGUCCGCGUGGCUGCCUCGUUGAGUCGGGCGGCUGCUGCUGCUGCUGGCGGCGUGAGGUGCUGUGGCGGCUCUGCCGCACCACCGUCCGCACAGAAACAUCGCUGUGAGAGUCAAUGACCGAGAUUCGCA